CGCUGCUCGGGACUACACGGUCUGUUCGGGUUCACCCAGCCCCGUUGUGAAUUAUUAUUUUUUCAUGAAAACAAAUUUAGUCAGCGAGUGAGAAAAAAUUGCAGACGAAGCAAAAGGGAUCAUUCUCGUCCGCGCACAUCUGGAGGUUUCUACUUCGACGCUGCUUCAUAUUCGACAGAUCAUCUUCAUAUCGUCGUGAUCCCACACUGUGGGAAUGGGAAAUGAUGGAGGAUAAAGGGCCUCGUGUAGCCGACUACUUUGUGGUUGCUGGCCUCACCGACUCAUCCAAGCCUCUGGAGGAGGAGCUCCACUUUGAUGAUGCCGGCCCCAAAUCUGUGAAACCCAAAGCCCCCAUUACCGAUGUAGCUGUUGUGAUCCGCUCCCUGGGUGAGGAGGUACCCCCAGGCUUCACCUGUGUGGAAAGCACCCCCUCAGGCCUCUCUGCAGAGCUCAAUGGAGCCAGCCUCAGGGGCCCGCAGAUCUUCCUGUGCUUCAAGCGAGGCAGAGAUAAGCCUCCACUGACAGAUCUCGGGAUUCUGUAUGAGUGGAAAGAAAAGCUGAAGCCUGGAUGUCACAUCGUCCAGACCACGCCCUCAGGUCGCCCUGCCAACAUCAGCAGCUCCUCGUCCCAGCGCAUCUACAUCACCUACCGCCGCGCUCCCAAGAGCCAGCCCCACACGUCGCUGGCUGUUACCGAUGUCUGCAUCAUCAUCCCCGGCAAGGGCGAGACGCCCCCUCACACCUUCUGCAAGGUGGACAAGAACCUCAACAGCAGCAUGUGGGGAUCUUCUGUGUACCUUUGUUACAAGAAGUCCCUGGCUAAAGCGAACACAAUUGCAUACAAAGCAGGUCUGCUGUGUAGGUACCCGGAGGAGGACUACGAGUCCUUCCCACUGCCUGAGUCAGUGCCAAUGUUCUGCCUGCCCAUGGGGGCAACGAUCGAGUGCUGGCCAGCACACACCAAGCACUCCCUGCCUGUUUUUUCUACAUUUGUACUGACAGGCGCCUCUGGAGAAAAGGUGUAUGGAGCAGCCAUUCAGUUCUAUGAGCCUUACUCCGAGGAGAACCUGUCUGAGCGUCAGCGCUCACAGCUCGGCCUGCCAAGCUCUGAUCUCGGACCCGACGGGACCAGGAGUGUUUACAGCAACAAGAGCAUCUGUCUGCUCUCCCACUGGCCCUUCUUCCAGUCCUUCAGGAGCUUUCUCACUUUCCUCUACCGAUACUCCAUCUCUGGACCACAUGCCCUGCCUAUUGAAAAGCACAUCUCUCACUUCAUGCAAACUGUGCCAUUCCCCUCCACUCAGAGGCCACGCAUCCUCGUGCAGCUGUCUCCACAUGACAGCUUGAUGCUGAGCCAGCCUGUGUCCUCUCCACUGCCUCUCAGUGGUGGAAGCCUCUCCACGCUGCUCCUGAAUUUAGGCCCGAAGAACGCGGCCACUCUGCUGGUGCUGGCUGUCACGGAGCACAAGAUCCUGGUGCAUUCCUUGCGUCCGGCUGUGCUCACCAGUGUUACAGAGGCCCUUGUAUCUAUGAUCUUCCCAUUCCACUGGCCGUGUCCCUACAUCCCUCUGUGCCCGCUGGCCCUGGCCGGCGUGCUCAGUGCACCGUGCCCAUUCAUCGUGGGCGUUGACUCCCGAUACUUUGACCUUUACGUGCCACCAGCCGACAUCAGCUGCGUGGAUCUGGACACCAACACAAUCUCCCAAAAGGACGACAAGAAGGCUCUAACGUGGAAAAUCUUGCCCAGGAGAGCCUGCAAACAUCUUCUGAAUACCCUGAAUAAGCUCCAUCAGCAGCUCACUGAGGGUGGUCAGCUGAACCGCGAAGAUGUGCAGAUGGAGCACACGGUAACUGACAGCGAGCUCAACGGCGGGAAGAGCCUCCACACUCUGGAGCUGGAGAUCCAGGAGGCCUUCCUGCGCUUCAUGGCGGCCAUCUUGCGAGGCUACCGCUCCUACCUGCUGCCCAUCACCCAGGCUCCCUCCGAGAAGACCACGGAUGCCAGCUCCCUCUUCGACCACCAAGGCUUCCUGAAAAGCCGGGAUCGCUCCCACCAGAGGUUUUACUCCCUCAUGACCAAGACUCAAAUGUUCAGCCGCUUCAUCGAGGAGUGCUCGUUUGUCAGCGAUAAGGACGCCAGUCUGGCUUUCUUCGAUGAGUGCGUUGAUAAGCUAUUCGCCACCGGAGGCAAGAUUGACAGUGAACGGCCAGAGGAAACCAGACUGAUCGAACUGGAUGAGUCCCACCGCAGUGAGCACACGGUCUACGUCAACCCUCCAGAGCUGCCACCACUGCCGGAGGGAGAGGAGCAUCCUCUGUGCUAUAGCUACUCCGGGUUCCCUGUGCUCAAUGCUGAGCUUCUGGAGCCGCUGGAGGGGCCGAGCCCUCCGUCAGCAGGCAUGGCCUCACGCCACAGCAGCCCAGCGAGCCCCACGGCCAUCUUUAGGCGCUCUAAACAGGAGAUCAAAUCAGCUCAAAGGAUGGCCAAAACCUAUUCAUCUAUGCCUCAGAUGUGGUCCAAGUGUCUGCUGCGGCACUGCUACGGCCUGUGGUUCAUCUGCCUGCCGGGGUUCGUCGGCACCUGCCACUCAAAGGUGCGGGCUCUGCGCACGGCUUACGAUGUGCUGAGGAAGAUGCAGGACAAGAAGCUGCAGGCUCCAGACGAGGUGUGUUAUCGUGUAUUGCUGCAGCUGUGCGGCCAGUACAGCCAGCCAGUCCUGGCUGUCAGGGUGUUGUUUGAGAUGAAGAAAGCUGGAGUCCAACCGAAUGCCAUCACCUACGGUUACUACAACAAGGCGGUAUUGGAGAGCACGUGGCCCUCCACUACCAGAGGAGGCUACUUUUUGUGGGGAAAGCUGAGGAACGUCGUCCUCGGUGUGCUGCAGUUCAAGCAAGCGGGGAGAAAACAGCAGACUCUGCACAGAGAUCCCCAGCUGUCAGACGGCAGCGAUCUUGACACAGUCAGCCAUGGCAGUUUGGACAGCGCUAAUGACUCCGCUGAGCGCACCUCCAUCGACACUGACUUCACUAAAAUGGACUCCAGUGAUGAUGGAUUUAGUACAGGUGGACAGUCGGAUCAAGGCUACGAUUCGCUGUCCAAAGAGGAGGAGAGGAUGUGCAGCAGAGAGAGUGACAGCGCGACACCAGUGGAAGACAAAGCACCGAGGCAGUCGACACCUGAAAUUGAGGUUCCGAUCAACAGAACCUCUCCUCCUGCUAGAAGCUGCAAACCAUCAGAUGUCAGCGCGGGUGACAGGCUUGUUUCCAGUCCAUCCAGUGACAACGUUCUUUGCGGUGUCCUUCCAAAGACCGAGAGGCCAAAAUCUCUGGACUUGUCUGGCGGACAAGGAAGUCUGAGGCUCGCCGUCCCUCACCUCAGCUCGACAAGGCAGCAUCAGCUCUCUGCCGACAGACUGCACGGGGUAGAAGAAGAGGACACGGAGACUGAUCAAGAGAAACCUCAGGUGGAGAGAAGUGUCAGCUGCAGCACUGGGACUGUGAGGAGAACAGGUAUAGAGACCGGGUUUGAUCCCCUGUCUCUGCUGACGACAGACACGGUGCAACAGUGUGAUCAGGAGAACAGCAGUACGUCCACAGCCCGCCGGGACCUCGCCGAAGAGAUCGAGAUGUACAUGAAUAACGCCAGCAGCCCUCUGAGCAGCCGUGCACCCAGUAUGGACCUGCAGAACCCCUCUAGCCCUUUGUUCCGCUCUGCUUCGUCUCCUCACACCUCCCCGCGACCCUCCGCCCUGCUCCGCUCCAACACACACCUCCCGCUGCCUGUCAAGUGCAAGGAUAGGCUGAGGCCGUCACCGUCUCUGCCUCUGGGCGUCUGUAACAGAGACAGGGAGAGGCCUUCCUCCUUGGUGUCACCCUCAUCACCUACUCCCUCCACCUCGUCGUUCUCCAUGGACUCGCUGUUCACUCCAACUCUGGACAUCUUCAAGAGCAGCGUCAUAUCAGCCGGGAAGGGUGUGGCCGAGAAGGCCAGCCGCCUCUACUCUCGUCUGUCCUCUCAGACUUCUCUGACACAGGAUGCAAACUGUGACAGGAUUAGUGUAUCCUCCCUGACCUCCGGGGAGGCAGACUGCUCCUCGCUGCUCGAUAAUGACUCCUGUCUGGACCCAGAUGGCUUUACCUCCCCGCAGCAUGGCAACGUGACUAGACUCAGGAGGAGCCCAGUUGUGGGGCAUACCAACCUGGGCAGCCCCAGCACCCCCAACAGAGUGUUCAGACACAACUCCUUCUCUGGUGGCUUGGCUCUUCCAUCUAAAACUCCACACACGCCAGAUUCCUCCCCCGACACCAGCCGCUUCCAACCCUCUCCAAAUUACACCAUCGAGGUGCUGAUGUCCAGCUGUUCGCUCUGUAAGACCUGCGACUGUCUGGUGUACGAUGAGGAGAUCAUGGCGGGAUGGACAGCAAACGACUCCAACCUCAACAGCACCUGUCCAUUCUGUGGCACAGCCUUCUUGCCUUUCCUCAACGUGGAAAUCAAAGACCUGAGACCACAGAGCAGGUCCGCUAAGGAAAGUAAUCCUGUUACAGAGGAGGACACGUCGGCGUCACUCAAUCCCGAGGCCAAAAUGUCUGCCGCAGACUUUGCAGCUCAGUCAUCUGCAGCCUCCCCGCAGAAGCCGGAGAGCAGUGGCAGUGCACCGGCCUCCUCCUCAGCACCGGUGACGGUGCCCUACCUGAGCCCUCUGGUUCUGUGGAAGGAGCUGGAGAGCCUGCUGGUGAACGAGGGCGACCAGGCCCUCUCCUCCCCGAGCGUUGUCGACCAACACCCCAUCGUCUUCUGGAACCUGGUGUGGUACUUCAAAAGACUGGAGCUGCCGAGCAACCUGCCGGCUCUCAUCCUGGCCUCCCAGCACUGUAGCCAUGGAGACCAGACUCCUCAGAGUGUUUCAUCCGAGGACAGUAAGCAGGUGCUUGUGAGGAUUAUGUGGGACAACCUGAAGUUGCACCAAGACAAAGUUCAACCCUGUUACUUCCUGUGGAACACACACUGUGCGAACUCCCUGGUCCGCUCGGGGCUGUGUGAGGAAGGCCAGCUCUUUACAGUGGAGCUGCUGCAGGGUUUUGUGAGGAGCAUUAAGAAGAGUGAUGUCUAUCAGCCCAUGAGCCAGAUCAUCCAGCUGCUGGGGCCAGAGCUGGGCUUCAGAAGGCAAAGGAGCCUGUACAGAGAUUUAUUGUUCCUCGCUCUGGUGGCUUUGGGCAAGAACAACAUUAAUAUCAAUGCUUUUGACCGGGAGUACAAGUUGGCAUACGAUCGCCUCACCGCCAGCCAGGUUAAACUGACACACAACUGUGACCGGCCCCCUGGAGCAGGGGUCAUGGAGUGCAGGAAAACUUUUGGGGAGCCCAGUCUGUGAACUACAUCUGGGCCUCCAUCCCACCAUGUUUUUCCCUUCAGCCACAGUCACUGCUGCUCUCUUAUUUAUUUUGUUUGUUUGUUUGGUUGUUCUGGACUGCUCCUCAGACUCAGGACCAGCUCACCUGUCUGGAGCGCCGAGCUCUUUUAAGCACAAUGAGAAAAUUACACUUAAUGUAAAGCAACUGCCAUGAUUUUCUUGUAUACUGUUAGAGCUGAGAGGCAAUGGAGUGACAGGCCUCGUGUUUGUAAAUAUUUAAAAGGUCCAAUGUAUUUUCAGUAGAACUAUGGUAAAAUGUUUGUACAGUUAUUAUACAGUCUAUUUUAUGACUUUGUCUCUGUUCAAGCUGUGAGUAAGUGUGUAAAAGUGUACGAUCAAGUCAUCCAGAUUCCUGAGUGGUCCUGGUGACCUUGUUAAGACUGUUGUUGAGUGUGUGUAUAAUAAGUAAUUGCUUUUGGACAUUCAUGUUUUUUACAAAGCACUUUGGCAAGAUGAGCUCUGACCAUUUGUCCCCAUUUACAUAACGCUGUGACCCAGCGGCCCACGCUUAAGUGACUUUUUAUUUGACAGCUGCAGGACUUACUGUACUGUCUAAUAUUUCCAUUACAUGCGGUUAAUGAAAGCGAAGAAGUUCAUCCUUUCUUGAACCCUGUACGCCCUGCAGGACACUGCUCAUAUGCCUGAAUACACUAAACUAGAUGCUAACAUCAAAAACAUUUACAUAAACAUGAUAUUAUUGUGAGUGAAGAAGGGAGUAGUCAUAAAUGUAUAUGCACACUGUUUAUUCAUUUUGUAAAAAUGUACCAAAAUAACCCAAAAGGGAAUUCUGUUUAUUUACAGUUUUUUUUAAAAAGCAAUACCUUUUUUAAAGUGAUUGAAUAACUGAUGUGUUAUAUGGGACCACCAAGGAUAGAUUUCCUUAAAAACAGUACAAUCAAACUGAUAGUAGACAAAUUAAAACUGAAAAUGUUUUUUGUUGGUUUAAUUAAAACUUUUUUUUAAUUAUUGUUAUUUGUUGACACCAUAAGGGAUCUCUAAACAUGUACAGAGUAUUUGAUUCUAGUAUUUUGAAUAUUUGAGUCUUCACUGUAUAGUGUAGAUGUCAGUUUUAGACAUUUGGACAACAGUGCACUGUUUAAUACAACAUAAAGAUCAUUUUAAAUCUCUGUGGACAGAGGGCAGUGCAAGUUUCUCUGCACUGAGCAUACUAAAUGUAAAACACCUCUGACUUUUCCUAAUUCUAAAUCACUUCAUAAAUGAGUGUGAUGGUUCACUGUGUCGAUAUUGUUUUUCACUCCUAACUGACAAAAAAAAACAAAAAAAAAAAACUGCCUAGAUGUGAUUCAGCUCCACAGCUUAUUACUGGACACCUCAGUGAUGUAUGAUGAUGUGAUGCUGGGUUAGACGAGGCUGUGUGCUCGGAAUAAACACCAGUCUCACAGCGUGUACAGUAACCUUUUAAUCACCUUGUAAGUUGUGACAAAACAAACAAAAAAAAAGCAAACACUGAUGACCAAAACAUCAUUUGAUGUCUACAUGUUGUUUA